GAGCGGGGCGGGCCCGGCGGCGGGGAGGGUGCGGGGCCGGCGGCGGCGGGGCUGGAGAGCCCGCCGAGGCCUGUCCCGCCCCGGAGGCCGCCGAGGCCGCCAUGGCCGCCCGUCGCCGUGCCGGGUGAGCGGCGCCGCCGGCCAGGCCCGAGCCGCCCUCAGCCUCGGGCGCUGCCGUCCCGCCCGCCGCAGGUACUGCCGCUGCGUCCCCGCGAGAGGAGCCGCCGCGGGCCCGGCCGGCGGCCGCUGAGACCGGGGAGGAGCCGCCGGCGAAGCGAUGCAGGAAGCCAUCGUGAUCACUGAGCAGCCAGUCUCUGUGUCAGUCCCCGCGGGGUACGCCUUCACGCUGCGGUGCAGGGCCGAGGGACGAACGCCGCUGCAGUACCAGUGGUUCUGCCAGCACCAGUCUGUCUGCUGCCCAGUUCCUGGUGCCACCAGGCAAGACUUGCCCGUCACUGCACAGCAGACCCAACUGUACACCUGCAGAAUCAAUGACCUCUACAAAAAUGCUGUCUUCACCAACUGGGUGAAGGUGGAGGUCCAUCAGUGUGUCGCCAGAGGACUGCCGCCUCGGCUGUGGCAAGGAGAACCAGUCAUCAUCCUCAACCCCAUGGAGCAGAGCGGGGAGGUGGGGAAGCCGCUACAGCUGCAGUGUGCUGCCAUGGGGGUCCCAGCCCCCAGGUACCAGUGGUACCGGAAUGGGAACCUGCUGGAACACCAGAAGAAAAAAAAACUCUGGAUCACCCAUGCAAAGGUCAAUGACUCCGGCACAUACCUCUGCUGUGCCUCCAAUAGCCAUGGAGAAUGCUGGACCAGCGCCGUGGAUAUUCACAUAGAUAUGUGUCGCUCUGAGAAGUUUUUUGCUACAGGCAAGAUAGCGCUUUUGGUGGGCAACAACCACUACCAGCAUCAUCCCAACCUCAUGGCUCCCGUCACAGAUGUGUUUGAGCUGAGCCUUCUUCUGGAGCAGCUGAGCUUCCAGGUUGUCUCCCUUUUGGAUCUGAACAAGGCUGAGAUGGUGACAGCCAUCAGUCGGUUCCUGCAGCUCCUUGGGAAGGGAGUCUAUGCUAUAUUCUACUAUGCUGGGCAUGGGUACGAACAUUCAGGGAGGAACUACAUGGUCCCCAUUGAUGCUCCACAACCCUAUGCCCCUGAGAACUGCAUCAGUGUGCAGAGGAUCCUCCAGAAGAUGCAGCAACAGCAGACAGCCCUGAACCUCAUCCUGUUAGACACCUGCAGGAAAUGGUACAACCCAGAGUGUGCCCUCUCCCAGGUGCAGCCACUGGAGCCCUGGGGCAAUACCAUUUAUGGCUAUGCCACAAAUGUGAGGAUGAGUCCUUACUCUUGCAGGAGCGAAGAUGCAGAAGCCUAUGAAUUGCAGGAUGGGGAGUUCACCUCUGGGAUCUUUAUGAAAUACCUGAAGAAACAUAUUCUGCAAGAGAAAAAGGUUACGCACAUGCUGGAGGAUGUGUUAGAAGACAUUGGCCAGGAUCCCUUGGUCACUGGGAAGCAGGUGAUGGAGAUCAAACACACUCUGAAGGAAGCCCGGUCCCUGACAGACCCGAUCUGUCCCUUGGGAGCAACUGCUGAGUGCUGGGGAUGCAGCCACGAGCCGCUGAGCAAAAUGGUGAUCUUCCCCUGUGGGGCACAGGUGGAGCUCCACUUCCACUGGCUCUUCUCCAACCUGAUGUAUGUGUGCGCCAAGUUGCAGCCUGCCCCGGACCAUGUUGCUGAUGCUCGCCUCCUGCUUUGCCAGCCCACUGAGAUGGACCACACAGCCAUCCUGAAAGAGUAUCACCUGGACCAAGUGGAGUCUCUCCUCGCCUCUGUGUACAAGCGAGAGGAGCUGGACUGUGUCUUCCAGCUCUGUGGACUACAGAAGAUCCAGACAGACGUGGUCCUGCAGUUGGAUUUGCAUUACACUCAGCUGAGCACAAAACAGAGGACUUGUGAAAGCCUGCAAACAACCCUCCAGAAGUCUCUGCUAGGGCAGUUUUUCAGCCAGAGGAAUUACUCCCAGCCAAGCUACCAGACAACUCCUGCUUGCACAGGCAGCAUGUGCCUCCAGGUUGUGUCGGUGCUGAGUGGGGACCCAAAGGGGCAAGCAUCUCUGAGGACAGGCUCUGGCCACAGCUUGCCCAGCAGCAACCCCUCCAACUCCAGCGGUGAGCCAGAGGAGAAUGACGAGAAUGACCUCAGCGAGCUCUGCUCAGCACUGCUCCGGGCUGGCCCAGGGCAGGACUACCCUUGACUCCUGCUGGUGAACAUGGCCAGCCUUGGGAACUGCUGUUUUUAAUAGAGGCAACAGUUAUUUGAAGGCUAAAUACAUCAAAAUCCACCAGCUGCUUUCCAACCUCAGUGAUCACCCUAGCCAAAUGAGGCCAAGGCUGCUUUUUUGGAAAGGCUUCUCCCAUCUGCACCCUGUGGCGUGCGGGGUCUGAAGCCCACUGGAAAUAACCCUUGUCCCAUGGGAGCAGCAGGAAUCAGCAAGGAGUCAUUGUUGUGUCUGGUGGAGGACGGGGCCACUUGACAAGUCAUAACACUGCCAGGCAAAACUCAAUAUCACUUAAAGUCAAGGGCACUGGCUGAUAUUUUCUGCAAUUAGACUUUACCUGAAAGUGAACCUAACAGCAUUAAACAUGAAACCUAUAAACACUACAGACCUGUGCUACAGCAGUGACACAGCCUCAAAACCCAGCUACAACUGCUGAUUCUCAUUGCACUUGUGCAAGGGACACAAGGUUUGACCAAGGGAUCCAGAUGGAGCUGUGAAUGUACAAGUUCUCCCCUGGGACUGCAGCAUGGUUUUCUUUCCUUGUGAGUCCUGCCUGUGUCAAAGCAGUUUUUAAGUUAUGCAUUUAUGUAUUUCUAAAGAAUGUAUUUAUACCUGGGGCAAGACAAUUGCUUGCCAGGAAAAGGAAGGUCAGAUGUUCCAUCAAGUGUGUGUUUACAGUGAAGGCUGGUUUUCCAUAAGUAGUAGCCACCAGGCAGGUGUACUUACGUGUGCCCCUUCUAGUGGUACAUAGGGGCAUUAAAGCAUGUUGAGUCUUGUGUGGUUCUGAGUUCCUGUCAGAUGCAGAAUUUCCUACAUGUGAGAGAUGGAAAGACCAGGAUGGAAGGUGAAGAACCUCAAAAAAGUUAUUGUGAAAAUUGUUUUUCAAAGUGAGUGCCUGUCUUUGUGGCGUUCACAAUGUGGGUACAUUCACUGUGGGCAACCUCAAGCACUACCUUUCAUGGACAACCAGCUGUCCAGAGGGAGCCACAGGUGGGCAGGAGCUAAAGGACAACCAUGUGGGCAUAGUCCCCUCCCUGCCUGCUUCUCUAAUACUUGUUUGAUAAAGGUUUCAUCAUCGCUUCAGGUAAUUGCUCAGCAAGGGACUGGGAGGGUGGUCAAAUAGUUCAAUAGAAGCCAGUGACCCCAACGAAGUAUGGGAUCUCCAUCCUUGGGUGACAGGUCACUCUGGACUGGAGAAGGUGCUGAUGAACUGAUCCAAGCUGACAGGGUGCUGGACCAGAGACUGCCAGAGGUCCCUUCAGGCUGUUGUGGUCUUGUGGAAGAAAGUGCUUGGAGAUCAAAGAAUUCUUGAGAGGUCAAGGAUGGUGGGGCAAGGAGAGUGCCCAAAGUCUGUCUUCUGUCUUGGUCUAAAAGAGGGAUGGAGAGGGCAUUUUCUGAGUUUUUGUUCUUUAGCAGUGAAGAUACUUGCAUCUCCCAUCUAUGGUAUCUGUUGCUGCAUGGAAAAAUAGGAAAUGUUCCUUCCAGAUAAACUGUCCUAUAAGUGCUGGAAACCUGUCCAAAGAGAACAGAGGAGGCUUUUAUUCUCCUUACAGUGAGUAGAGCCAAGAGAAAGAAGGAGGGCCCCAUCUGGCUCAAGCCUAGAAAGUCUCCUAGGAAAAAAUGUAAAGCUAAAAAAAUUUUUAAAAUUACAGGAUGUAGCUUAAAUAAGAUGGACUGAUAGAGAAACUAAAUCAGAAAAUAAUAGUGGAAGGGAGAGCCGAAGAUCAACUCAACACCAGCAGAAACUUAAGACAGGGCAGUGGAAUGGCUGUGAUGGCAUUUGGAGGAGCUGAGAGUUGUUGCCUCUAUGAGGAUGAUUUACACCGUCCUAUACUGUUGGGGCAAGAUGUGUUUCUGGCUCGCAUAAUCAUGGCAAAUGUCAUCUCAUGUGAAUGAUAAUCUCAUUCAAAGCAAGGCUGUUUAUUUUGUCUGAAUAAA